UCGAUUCCUACUCUCGCUCCCAAGCAGUCAUAUACAACUAUCUAAUUGUCCUACAUAUUCACAAUGGGCUCAGCAUCAUCAAAGCCGGCCAGGUCGGCAGCAAAUGCAGUCUCAAAACGCCAGUAUCCCAAGCAACCAACCGCCCCUCCGACAGCCGCUCCGAGCGCAGCAGCAAAAGCAGCACAACCGCAACCUAGAGCACAAGCUCCUUCUCAACUUCAGAGAGAGCCUAAGCCGAAUCAAGGACCUACAUAUCAUCCGAAGGAGCGGGCAUCGGGUGUGAAGUCAAGCGCAAUCGACAUCGAUGGCCGCGACCCCGACUUCGCCGCCUCCCUCCGCCACAUCGGCCCCGUUAACCCAGCGCCCACAUUCUCCCCCUCAAGCACCUUCCAACCACAACCCCGCACACAACCCGCACAAACCAUCUUUCCCCAAGCAUUCUCCAACCCGUCGCUCCUCGUCUUCAGCGCACGUGAAAAAAUUACCAAAGCCGCAGAAAAAGAAGCAGAGCAGAUCGGGAAGCCGAGUUUUGCAGGGAGGCAGUUUCUGGAUGGGUUGACGAUUAGGCAGGUGAUUUCGAUGCGGGAUAGGCAGGGGCUGAGUGCGGAGGAAAUUGAGGGAACGUUGAGAUUGGGGAAGGGGGUUGUAGAGAGGUUAGGGAGGAGGGGGAUUGUGGGGGAGAUUCAGUGAUCUUUGGAUCUGGUGGUUUGUACGAUAUGUGUGGAGGUUGGAUGGCAUUAUGUACUCUACUCUGUAUACCCAUGAACAGGAUUGAGAUUUAUUGUCUCUCUGAAGGGCUGAAUGCGUAGGCUGUUGGGACUGUUUGCUACACAUUUUGCUCAUGUACAAAGACGAUGUACUCCAACUUCAAGGAUAUGACCAUAUCCCAACCAUAACUUACCAAAAUAUCACACUGGACAAUAACCUAGCC